AUGGAGCCUGUGACCGGCGCCUCGCUUGCCCAGCUACCGGAUGAGAUGUUCGAGUUCAUUCUUCAACAGGUGUCAAUGCCAGGGUGCGCUGGCAGGCUCGGGCAGUUGAUCCUGCGCGGGCGACCAGCUAUCUCGACACCAAACUAUGUCGUCCCAACUUCUCGCGGCGUGAUUCCUCAUCUGUCACAAGAUAAUUUGCAGAAGCACACGAAUAUUUCCACCGUCUACGUGCCUCUCGAAGACUUCAUUGAGAAGUCGCAUGCCAAAGCGCCCCUCUACAAUACUCCAGCCCCAAAUGGUGAAUCUCCUCUACGGCGGUAUAUCGGCCUGCCCGACAGACAUCUCUCAAUUUUUGGCCUGCGAAGAGUCCCAAAUAUACCUUGUCCGGCGCACAACACGGAUUCGUCCGUAGCGAUUUCGACUUCAGUUGGAUUCAGGUCCCUAGAAGUUGAGCAAUAUCAUGAGGCGGUCAGAACUUUGAAGGCCGACAUUUCAACAAGCCUACCCGAUCUGAUCAACACGAAAGUUGCCAGUGUGAAGAGGAUCGAAAAGAGCGCAGACAGGACACAUGCAUGGUUGCGGGAUUUCGUGGAGGACAAAGGGGAAGACACGGGCCUUCCGUUCUUCGCAUCAAUACCACCGCAUGAAACGGAACUCCUGUCGCUAUAUCUUUCAGAUCUGAAGGACGAAUACAACUCUCAUAUAUCCGGGCUGUGUGUGUACUCGCCCUCGACAGUCACUGGGUUGCCGGGAGCACUCAGAGACAUACCGACCGUAUGCCUCACGGAUCCGUCGUCACCACAGGCAGUUCUCGCAGCCAUACAUGCGGGAGUCGAUCUCUUGACUGUGCCUUUCGUGACACAGUCCUCUGAGCAUGGAAUCGCCUUCUCGUUCACCUUUCCUGGAUGUACAAAGACUCCCAAUCAACCUCUCGGAUUUGAUCUUUGGUCCACAACCCACGCCACUGACCUCUCCACUUUGAGCCCCAAUUGCACCUGCUACACGUGCACACGCCAUCACCGCGCCUACGUGCACCAUCUCCUCCAAGCGAACGAAAUGCUUGCCUGGACACUCCUUCAAAUCCACAAUUUCUCCGUCAUUGAUGCCUUUUUCUCUGCCGUGCGCCAAAGCAUCAAGGGUAGAACAUUCGAAGAUGACAUGGGGACAUUCGGUCGUGCGUAUGAAUCCGAGUUGCCAGCAUUGACUGGCCAAGGACCAAGAGUGAGAGGGUACCAGAUGAAGAGCAUCGGAAGAGGCGAGCCAAAGAAGAAUGCCAAGGCGUACGGGAAGUUGGGUGAUCAGGUGCAGAAACUCGCGGAGGCAGAGAGCGGUAUCGCUUCGCCACAAGGCGAUGCAGAUGAUAUUGAAGGACAUGGGCUAGCCUAG